CGCUACUGAGAUUUUUCUAAUUAAACUCUUUAAAAAAAACAAAAAUCUAUCAAACUUUUGUCACCCGUCUCUUCUCUUUCCAUCGUCUUCCUCGUGAACGAACGAAACUUCUCGAUCCUCUUUUUUCUUUUUUUCACCUGUUUUUGGGUUUCACGAGAUACUUCCACUCUACUACGCCACUCUUUUUUUUUUCCCCAUUUGUUUUUUUUUUGUUUUAAUUUCCCCAUUUUCCGUAAUUAAUCUAAAGGUGAAUCUUUUUGUUUGACGUGUUUCACUUCCAGCUUUAUCGGAUUCUAUCUCCUUGAUUUUCGCCGAUUGUGUCAAUCUGGAAAUUUCUGGGGACUAAAGGGGUUUUUAUUCGAUUUGGGAUUAGAUUUUUAAAGGUGGGGAGUGUGUGAGAGAGAGAGAGAGAGAGAGAAAGAGAACCAUCAACCAUGGCUACGGAAAUUUGAAGAAGAUGGCUUCCAUUGAUGCUCAGCUCAGGCUUAUUGCUCCUGGGAAGGUUUCUGAAGACGACAAGCUUGUUGAGUACGAUGCUCUGUUGUUGGAUCGAUUUCUCGAUAUUCUUCAGGAUCUGCAUGGCGAAGAAGUCAGAGAAUUCGUUCAAGAAUGCUACGAGGUUGCUGCUGAUUACGACGGAAACCGCAACACGGAGAAGCUAGAGGAGCUUGGAAAUAUGCUGACGAGUUUGGAUCCAGGAGAUUCAAUUGUAGUUACGAAAUCAUUCUCCAACAUGCUUAGCUUGGCUAAUCUGGCUGAGGAAGUCCAGAUUGCGUACAGGCGCAGGAUUAAGAAACUUAAGAAAGGCGAUUUCGCUGAUGAGGCCUCUGCAACGACGGAAUCCGACAUUGAAGAGACUCUCAAGAGGCUUUUGCAGCUUAACAAGACCCCUGAAGAGGUCUUUGAUGCUCUUAAGAAUCAAACUGUUGAUUUGGUCUUAACCGCUCAUCCGACUCAAUCUGUUCGUCGGUCUUUGCUCCAAAAGUUUGGAAGGAUUCGUGAUUGUUUGACACAGUUAUAUGCAAAAGACAUUACUCCUGAUGAUAAACAAGAACUAGAUGAAGCUCUGCAACGAGAGAUUCAAGCUGCUUUUCGCACGGAUGAAAUCCGAAGAACUCCUCCUACACCGCAAGAUGAGAUGAGAGCGGGUAUGAGCUACUUCCAUGAGACAAUCUGGAAAGGAGUUCCGAAAUUCUUGAGACGUGUUGACACGGCUUUGAAGAACAUUGGAAUCAACGAGCGUGUUCCUUACAAUGCGCCUCUUAUUCAGUUCUCUUCUUGGAUGGGUGGAGACCGUGAUGGAAACCCGCGAGUAACUCCUGAAGUUACAAGAGAUGUAUGCUUAUUAGCAAGAAUGAUGGCUGCUAAUCUCUACUUCUCCCAGAUAGAAGAUCUUAUGUUUGAGGUAACUAAAAGUUUAAACCUCAUCAUAGCUUGUUGGUUUCUUUGGAUUGUUAAUGUUAGACCAUUGAUCUUGAAUUGUUUGCAGAUGUCAAUGUGGCGUUGCAAUGAGGAACUUCGUGUUCGUGCAGAACGUCAAAGGUGUGCGAAAAGGGAUGCGAAACACUAUAUAGAAUUUUGGAAACAAAUUCCUUCGAAUGAGCCAUACCGAGCUAUUCUCGGAGAUGUGAGGGACAAACUGUACAACACACGUGAGCGUGCACGUCAGUUAUUGUCGAGCGGAGUUUCAGACAUUCCUGAAGACGCGGUGUUCACAAGUGUGGACCAGUUUUUGGAGCCACUUGAGCUUUGUUACAGGUCGCUCUGUGAUUGCGGUGACAGACCUAUAGCCGAUGGAAGCCUGCUCGAUUUCUUGCGCCAAGUGUCGACAUUUGGGCUUGCACUUGUCAAACUUGACAUCCGUCAAGAAUCUGAGAGACACACCGAUGUCUUGGACGCGAUCACGCAGCACUUAGGCAUUGGAUCAUACAAAGACUGGUCAGAGGAUAAAAAACAGGAGUGGCUCUUAUCUGAGCUAAGCGGAAAACGCCCUCUCUUUGGACCGGAUCUUCCCAAAACUGAAGAAAUCGCAGAUGUUUUGGACACUUUCAAAGUCAUCUCAGAGCUUCCUUACGACAGUUUCGGUGCUUACAUAAUCUCAAUGGCCACUGCUCCAUCAGAUGUUCUCGCCGUUGAGCUCUUGCAACGCGAAUGCGGGAUCACUCGUCCUCUGAGAGUUGUCCCUUUGUUUGAGAAGCUAGCUGAUCUAGAAAAUGCCCCCGCUUCAGUUGCUCGUCUCUUCUCCAUAGAAUGGUACAGAAACAGGAUCAACGGCAAGCAAGAAGUCAUGAUCGGUUAUUCCGACUCAGGCAAAGAUGCUGGCCGUUUAUCCGCGGCUUGGCAGUUAUACAAGACUCAAGAAGAGCUCGUGAAGGUUGCUAAAGAAUUUGGAGUGAAGCUCACAAUGUUUCACGGGAGAGGUGGGACUGUAGGGAGAGGAGGUGGACCGACCCAUCUUGCAAUCUUGUCUCAGCCUCCGGAUACCAUUCACGGGCAACUGAGAGUGACGGUUCAAGGAGAAGUCAUCGAACAGUCUUUUGGAGAAGAGCACUUGUGCUUUAGGACUCUUCAGCGUUUCACGGCUGCUACACUGGAGCACGGAAUGCAUCCACCGGUUUCCCCUAAACCAGAGUGGCGCGUCCUCAUGGAUGAAAUGGCUGUUAUUGCCACCGAAGAGUACCGUUCUGUUGUCUUCAAGGAGCCUCGUUUUGUUGAGUACUUCCGUCUGGCGACACCGGAGCUUGAAUAUGGAAGGAUGAACAUAGGAAGCCGACCAUCAAAGCGAAAACCGAGUGGAGGAAUUGAAUCUCUACGUGCAAUACCGUGGAUCUUUGCGUGGACUCAGACGAGGUUUCACUUGCCAGUGUGGCUAGGCUUUGGAGCUGCAUUCAAGCGCGUGAUACAGAAAGAUGGGAAGAAUCUCAACAUGCUCAAAGAGAUGUACAACCAGUGGCCUUUCUUCCGUGUCACAAUCGAUCUUGUUGAAAUGGUUUUCGCCAAAGGAGACCCCGGAAUCGCUGCUCUCUAUGACCGUCUCCUCGUCUCUGAAGAACUCCAACCUUUUGGUGAACAACUUCGUGUUAACUACCAAGAGACCAGACGCCUCCUCCUACAGGUUGCGGGACACAAAGACAUUUUAGAAGGAGACCCAUACUUGAGGCAAAGGCUGCAGCUACGUGACCCAUACAUAACGACAUUGAACGUGUGCCAAGCCUACACGCUCAAGCAGAUACGUGACCCGAGCUUCCACGUCAAAGUCAGGCCUCACCUGUCUAAGGACUACAUGGAGUCUAGUAAACCAGCGGCUGAGCUUGUUAAGCUGAAUCCGAAGAGCGAGUACGCUCCCGGACUUGAAGACACCGUUAUCCUCACCAUGAAGGGUAUUGCCGCCGGUAUGCAGAAUACCGGUUAAGGCUCUCUUUUUUAAUUAUCAUUUUCACUGUCUUUUGUAUCAUUCUCUAUAUCUCUAUGAUGCUAUAUGUAUUAUUCUAUGAUUGUGAUAAUAAUCUCUCUAAAUCCUCCGUAUAAAUAUUUUCUUGUUAUUCUAUUGUUAAUGUUAUUAUUAUUUGCCAAGAAUAAAGUAAAGAGCUCAAUGACUAAAUUAA